GGUCAGUGAAACGAACGAUACGGAACUGCCUCGGUCGGGUCUCCGCAGGUCUCCGGCGAGCUCGCCUUUAGUUUUCCCUCCCCCUUCCCAACCAUCCCCUCCGGGCCUCCUCUUCCCUAUAAUAAAGCGGGGCGAGUGGCCACUGUCCACCGAGACGAGACGAGACGAGACGAGCCGCCACACGCAGCUUUGACUCUCUCGUGACUCCGUCGAAUCAAUACCGAUAACAUCUCCCUGCACCCCCAAAAACCCAAACACACACACACUUCAGAGCGCAUCGGCCGGCUUGUCCCUACAGUCGGAGCUUAUGGAGGGUUCUUCCUCAGCCCAGCCCUCCGCUUCCAGUCCCGCUGCCUCCAAGCUCCUCGCCAACCUCCCCUCCCGCGGCCUCUUCUCCUCCACUGUCCUCUCCUCCAAUCCGGGAGGUAUGCGGGUUUACGUAUGUGAGCAUGAUACAUCUCCCCCAGAUGGUCAACUUAUAAAGACCAACCAACAAAAUAUACUGAUUAGAUCACUCAUGCUGCGGAAACAGAGGGGUGAGUCCACUUCAAAGAACGGAAAAGGUGUAACUACUGGUGAAGGCUCUAGGAAGAGGACUUCUGAGAGACUCUUGGAUAAUGGAGCAUCAGCUAAGAGACCCAGCAAUCAAGCUAGUUCACGACAGGAUGGAUCGAAUGCUAAAAUAGCGGACAGGGACCUGCACACUUUGACUGUUGAGAGGCUUCGUGCACUGCUCAAGGAAAGAGGCCUUUCCCCGAGAGGAAAGAAGGAUGAGCUGAUUUCACGGUUAAAGAAUGGGACCAGCUGAGUAUGUGGGGAAGACGGCGGUGGCUGAUUUUGCUUCUCGGGUACUUUGGGAUGGUUUCGGCUGUUGGUUCUGUGUUGUAGGUUGUUGUACCGCCAGGUGGAUUUGCUAUUUGACUCGCAAGGACUUGAAUGAAGGAAGGGGGAAGUGGGACGAUCGGUGUAUUUCUUGGUCAUUUUUCUUUUAUAGGUUUUUGUACCGAAUAGAUUCAAGAUAUUCUGCCAUAUUUGGUUGUGUGAACAUGGAUUGGAAUUUGGAAGGACGGAAUAUGUAUUUGCUUAUUUUGCA